CACAGCAGAUCUGUUUUACUGCAUUGCUCAACAGAGCAGCAUAGACAGCAGAAGUUUGGAAAAGGCAGUGAGACACAACACCGCAAAGAAAGUACAACAUUCUGACAGGAGGCUUCUUACAAUGGAAGGCUAUUAUUUGUCCCACUAUUUUGUGUGCAUCCUUGCCUUCCUUGGACUGUCUACAAAGGCUCUGGAUGUCUGUCUACAAGAGCAGCUAAGACUGAAGGCCCAAGUGAGACUUCUUGAGCAGCAAACAAAGUUGCAGCAAAUUAAAAUUCAGCAUCUGUUACGAGAAAAGGAGCUGCAGUUCAUGGACCGGGGAGACGAGAUGUCAGUUUUUAACCUAGGAGAACUACGAAGCUAUGCGGACUGUGGUGACAUUUACAACGAUGGACACAAACAGAGUGGCUUUUACAAGAUGAAACCAUUGCAAAGCAAUACAUCAUUCUAUACUUACUGUGACAUGUCCGAUGGAGGGGGCUGGACAGUUUUUCAGAGACGCUCGGAUGGAAGUCACAAUUUUUAUAGGAACUGGACUGACUAUAAACAAGGAUUUGGGGAUUUUUCUGCAGCAAAAGGAGAAUUCUGGCUGGGAAAUGAUAACUUGCACUACCUGACAUUGCAAGAUGACUACACAUUGAGGAUUGACCUCCAGGAUUUUGAAGGACAAAAACGAACUGCUGAAUAUAAAAGUUUCAGAGUUGGUGAUGAAAAGAGCGGUUACCAGAUUAGUUGUGGAUCAUAUUCAGGUACAGCUGGGGACUCUCUUACUGGAGGAUUUAACCCAGAAGUGCAAUGGUGGGCAAACCAUAAUGGGAUGAAAUUCAGCACUUGGGAUCGAGACAAUGAUAACUAUGAGGAGAACUGUGCUGAGGAGGAUAAAGGAGGAUGGUGGUAUAACAGGUGUCACUCUGCUAAUCUAAAUGGUUUUUACUACAAAGGACCUUACACAUCCAAAACAGAUGAUGGGAUUGUUUGGUACACAUGGCAUGGAUGGUGGUAUUCUUUAAAAUAUGUUGCCAUGAAGAUUAGGUCUGCAAACUUUGAACCAAAUCUUGUUUGAGUUCUUUUUUAACCCUAAUAUUUCCAGAGAUCUAUUUUGUAACACAGUUAUGAUAAAUGUGUUGC